ACCUACGUUUAACAAUCAGCCUGUAGCAUCUUUUGAUUGCGUUUCUAUGGAAACAGCUUUAGUUUUACCUGCUACCGCUGGCUGACAACACCACCGAAAAUGCGAGAGCCGUUUCUAAACUUUAUGCCAAUGUUUGCUGCAUGUGAAAUGUAAGGGGCUGAAGAUGAAGCUGACAUCAUUAUCUGUGCUGUGUCUGUCACUUCUUUUGUUUCACGCCCAUUCCUCACUGGCUAAGAGAGGCGGUGGCGGCGGCUUUGGGAGAGGCUUCGGCUCAAAGAGCAGAGGCAGCACCCACACUAACACUAAUACUGGCCACAAAAGUAAUCAGGGCUCCAGCUCUAAGGGCGGAUAUCCCAAACAGCCUGGACAGACCAGUCAGGGAGGCUAUGCUCCGCAACCAGGCAGACCUGGGAGUCCUGGUGGUUACCCCCAGCAGGGUGGAGGAGGGUACCAUAACCAGUAUCCAGCACGGGGCUCCCCAUACGGAGGAGGUUAUGGGUAUGGAGGCCAAGGAAGUUAUGGUGGUCAAGGAGGUUAUGGGGGUCAGGGGGGUUAUAGAGGUUAUGGUGGGUAUGGGGGUUAUGGAGGUUAUCCAGGUGGAUAUAUCAACCAUAACCCAAACAACAAAAUCCUGAGCCCUCACUAUGGUAGCAGCUUUGGUUACGGGGGCUACGGUGCUGGGGGUGGCUCUCCCUUUUCCACUCAGGUUCAGGCAAUGGGCAUGUAUCCCAAUGAUAAAUCCAGAGGGUUUGGGCGCAGUGCAGUAAUGGCAGCAGCUGGAGGGGCUGUGGCAGGAAUGGCCCUGGGCUACGGGCUUGGAAGGUUCCCUCGUCCUCACUUCAACUUCCACAGCCCCCAGGAGGAGUACUACUACAACCACUACAUGUACAGGAGAUAUGGUGUCAAGUCUACUGAUACCAAUGACUACAGUAGAGACUAUGUCUACAGCAAACCCACUCAGACCUAUGAUAGCUACAUGGACUCCUGCAUGAAGAGAAAAGACCUUCUGCCUGUGGAGAAUCGAAAGCCAGAAAACAAACCAGCUGCCACCACCACCACUACAACCACUGUCAUCACCUCAGCUCCAGACUCUGGCGCAGAAAGCAACGCAACAGAGACAAACAGCACCGCAGCAGAAAAAUCCUUGACCUCUGCACCUUCAACUCCCCGCCCUCUGAAUCAGCCUGGUGCCGAUCCCAUGCCUCCAGCUUCACAGGCUUCCGGCAACACUGAAGACGACGACACAGUCAGCAUUGUUGAGAUCGGCUAUCCGGCGCUGGUUGAGCAGCUGAAGGUCAGGAAAUGUUUAGAGCUGUACAUGGUUUACUCUGACAGGUACUUGAAGAAACAGUCAGACCUUAAUGAUGGAGUGCAGGGGUUGGAGGUGGGCCUGCGAGGGUUUUUAGCAGUGGUCACCAGUACUGUACUGAUGCUACUGAUGCACUGAGGCCUUCAUUUGCAGGAGAAAUGAUGGAGAAUGUGUUAAAAAAUUCAACCAAACAGAUGGAAAGUGAUUAGGGAGGGACGAUUCUCUUACAGAACCUUGUUAGGUUGCAUAUUUGAACUGUGUGUUCAAGGAAAGGAAAGGAAAGGGUUAAAGUAGAGAGCCACAGUGUUGCAACAAAUUGCACUUCUCUGUUCCUCUUCCUCGUCUGACAGAGAAAGGGUCCAUUAACUGUAUUCUGAUACUUCAAAAUUGGCCCAUUAAUGUCCAUUUAGAUUUAAUUUAACCUUCUCUCUAGCCACACAAAUCACGAGUGGCACUACCAAUGACUCAUCUUUCGUUGUUUGUAAUAUCUGUCUCAGAAAUCAAUGCUUUUAAAAAAAAUAUAUAUUUAUUUAUUCCAUGAAAAUGGAUUGGGUCUUUGUCUUUUGUUUGUCCCAGAGGUAGAAAGCGUCUGAGAGGGUUAGUUUGCACCUGUGGGGCUGGUACAGGCUCUGUCAUGGUGACAAUCUGUGUACAUAAACUGCUCUAGGAAUAAUAUGAUAUCAUUAACUCCAGGAACAAUAAUGUUCGAGGACAGUCAGAUUUAAGGUUAGAGUUGGAAAGCAGUGAACUUGUCUAAUACUCAAUUAGUCUAUAAUUACUAAUACUGCUAAUAUCAGUGCUUUAGACUGAGAGGUUUGACACUAUAAGCAUGACUGAGUAUUUGUAAUGGAUCAUACCUACUGAUGUCUCUGUAGCUCAAAACAUAUGUGCCCUUGUCUAUUCAGUGUUUUUUCCUCUCUGGGAUAGCUUGUGAUUGAAGAAGUGCUCUUAAAGUGCAGGAGUCUUGGUCACCAAGCUUGGAUAUGCACAAUAACUUACCUAACUAUGGAAGCUGGUGACUUCAAGAACAAUUCAAAGGUACUGUCUGGAGUUGUAGUUGCAAACAAACAGAUCACCACAAACACACAAUGUUUAAAACAUUUGACAUGAUCAUUAUUUUAGCCCAGAAUAAUCUGUAACUACCCACAUUACACAUCCAAAUAAGCUGGUAUUGCUAUCUGUGCCUUUUGCCUUUUGAUUUUCCUGUUUAUAAAUCUCACAUCUUUCUCUCGCCGCCCUCUGUAAUUCACAAGGCACUGCCAACUUAGCACUAAACUCCAAUUACAAUUAACACUUUUUAUAGUUUGACAAUUGAACACAGUGUACCUUUAAUGCGUCGUCAAAUGUAGCCUAUGUGAUUUUGUGUCUGGCUUUGAAUGUAUCUGAAUAUGCACAUGUAUCACUUGUAGAGACAUGAAUGCCUUCUCCUGUGAGGGAUCAUAUUUCCUGUGCUGCCGGAGGGUCUACUGAAUACUGAGCGUUGACUUACACUUUUUGCUUGUCUGGUCAAAUAAACUUCUUAACUUUA